GCGACCGCCGCUUGCUUCUGUCCACGAUGGACAACAACUCGGAGCCAGAGUACGACUCCGAAGCUGAGUGGUCGAUUGGGACUGGGUCAGUAACGGACUCAGACGCGUUUGGCCAAGACUGGUCCUCGGACGAGGAAUUCCUUGUUCCCGAGUUCGGCAACGAAGACCCUCCCGUCACGCCAGUGUCGGACGUCCCGCAACCCAACGGCUCAGGCACCCUUGGAAGGCUCCUCUACGACAACCGCGUGCCACUUGACAUCGCGCUCGAGACCUUACAAUACCUCAAACCCGGCGAACUAGUCGCGCUCGCACGAACCUGCAAGCAAAUUCGCUCUUUACUACUCUCAGGCCAGCUCACGCCGGUAUGGAAGGCCUCUCGGGCCAUGUACGGUAUUCCACCGCCUCCUCCAGAGCGCUCGGAGAUUGCUUGGGCGCAAUUCCUCUUCGGACGAAAGAUGUGUCACCACUGCGAAUUGGCCAUGGCCAAGGUACCUGACUGGCAGCUCAUGUGUCGUCUUUGCUCAGAAUGCAAGCGUUUGAAUCUGGUCAACGCUAGGGCAGUCAAGUACGAGUUCAAGGAUCACCACCCAGAUCUCACUAAGAUGGUUCUGUACACUAACGUCCGCAAACGCUAUGCCCGGAGCGAGACCGCCUACUACUGGCGAGAAGACCUGGAGAUGAUGGGCAAGAUCAUCAAGGCCCACGAAGCGGACAUUGCCGCAGGCAAGCCAGGGGCGCAGGAGGUCUUCGAGGCGUUCAAGGAAUCUCGGAUAGCAUUCGUAGAGGCUGUAACGAAGCAUGUCCCUGUUUGUAUAAAAUGGGCGGCGAAGUACAACGAAAGCCGCAUGGACGAGCGUGCUGCAGAGAAGAAUGCAUGGCGGACGGCCCGGAUGAAUAUCAUAGAACAGCGCUUGCUAACCCUCGGGCAUCGCCUCGACGACAUUCGCUGGGUCCUCUCAGCUGGUCGCCUAACCGACUUGGAUCUGGCAGAGAGAUCAUGGCAGACAACACUUCGGGACCUAGUCUGCCGCACCAAGCAUGUCCGCAAGCGCCGGUUGGACGGAAGUCACGGACCACUGAUCGAGGAGCGGAAGCGCGCCUUAAAGGAAGCCUACGCGGCCAAGCGCAAGAGUGUUAGCCCCCGAGAAUGGCGCUCGAUUACAUUUCUGGCCCUCCCGCCGCCGCCGACCCUCCUUCACAUUCCUUUGGUCCUUGACUUCGUCUACUCCGAUGUGGAGCAGAAUCUUGGCGUUGCGGAAUUUAGGACUUUCCUAGAGAGCGAAUUUAGCCUUGGGUGUGGGCCAGCACAAGCGACUGCUCAGUACAAUCGGCUCAUGAGCGCAGGCGCCCACGCAGUCGUCUCCACAUACCCAUCCUUCCUCACUGGCAUCGGCGAGCGUGCGCUGCUCGACUGCGCGCUUCUUACCUACGUUGAUUCGGAUAACGACACGGCUCAACCUCCGUGGUACCCUAAUGACUGCACGGAUCUGUCCACCAUCCUUUGCCGGAGGUUCUUUGGCGCAGGUAUCGGCUUACCCGACCGAUCUCUCGAAUACUGCCCCCGCCGUGCGCAGGCAGUGGCGUCCAUCCUGGAGCUACUUCACCUGCCCGCGACGACGACGGUGGCGGAGCUAGAUGCGCGCGACGCGCGCUUCGAUUGCAUGAUCUGCAGGCCUGGCAGGAUCCGCGGCGGAGGCUGGCAGAAGCGAGCGCAUAGGUGGCGGUCGGCGGUCAUACAUCACGCUCUGGACCACCAGCGUCCUUGGCAGAUGAAGAGCGACCCGCCGCGAUAUGUCCUUUUGUCAGACGAGAAGGCGGCCGAAGCUCGCGUGAAGGAGGGCAACCCCAUCGACCUGGCCUCAAUAGCAACCUGGUUUUGUGCUCAUUGCGGAGAGCAUCUGGAGAACUGGAAGCCGUACGCAGACGUCGAGAAGCACGUCAAGGAUGCCCACGGCGUCCUCUCUCCCCAAAGGGAAGACGACAUCCUCUACAUGCCCAUGGUCAAGAUACACCCAGAGGCGGUCAUGAUCUCGUGCGACCCUCUACCGGAGCAGGUCGUCAAUUGUCGGUGCCUACUAUGCCCUGCGAACGGCAAGAAGAAGACGAAGGUGUUCUCGGAAGAGGGCGUGAGGUGCCACCUUUCCACAACGCAUCGUCCCCUGAAGUUAGAGGACGGCGCGGAGGGUGUGCACUUUACAAGAUCAGCAUAGCGUCUUCGCGGACUUCUUCUUUUAACAUCGAAAAGAUCUAUGUACAGCGCUCCAUGAGAUAACAUAUCAGGCGACUGGAGCAAACGCCUUUCGAUCCCA